AUGUCUCAACCAAACACAGCGCCAUCGAGCGACAACCCCCUCUCAUUCCUCACGCCCCAAAACCUCACAGUACAACCGCCCAUCAAAACAAACUCCAUCAAAAACUUCAACCCUGCUACCAUCGCCUCCGACGCUGCCUCCACCAACAUUGUCAUUCACCCGCGCUUCCCCAAACUCGCCACAACCUUCCUAAACCACAAACGACUCAAAGGCUCUCCUGCGGAAAAGGCCCUCUACACCCCAGCCUUCACAUGGCAAGACCUCACCUCGCGCCUCAUAACCGCCCGCCCGCUGGUGUUCAUGGGCUCGCACGACUACACGAUGCUCCGCGACGGACGGAGAAUCCCCGACCCGAGGACGCAGUGGGAUCGGAAUGGGACCGCGCGCGAGGGCGAGAAUGAGGAUUUGCGGUUGGAGAACUACCUCUCCUACGACGAGAUUUUGCUGAGUUCGUUGAUCGGCGUGAGUGGGCGGAGUUUCUUCAUCAAUGAUGGAGCCCGGAAUAACUGUGGAAGGCCGGGGAAGGAGGGGACGUUUGAGUCGAGAGGGGUGAUUGUGGGGUUGGUUGGGGCGCGGUUCGAGAGGAUGGGGAGGAUGGAUUCGAUCUUAAUGCUGCCGCCUAGCAAGGAGACGGUGCAGGAUGGAGAGGUCACGGCGAUGGUGUUGAAGAUCUUUGGGGUGGAGCGGGAUUCGAGGGUUUUGGAGGGGAAGAAGGGGUUUGAUGUCGGGGUGUAUCGGGCGAGGAUGCGGAUUACGGCGGAGAUCCUUUUGGCGGAAGCGGGGAGAUUUGUUGGGCUUGGGUUGGGGGUAUGGGAGCAUGAUGACUGUCAGGCGGAGGAGUACGUGCGGGCUUUUGGGGAGGCGAUUGGGCAGGUGGAUGUUUCGAAGAUAAGCACGAUCGAGUUUGCAUGGAUUGCGGUCUCGAGAGAGCGUCAGGAGGAAAUUGGGCUCGUGGCGAAGAAGAAGGGUAUCAGGGUGCUUUUCAGCAAGAGGAAUCCGGCGGCGAAGUUAGAGGGUGAUGGUGAAUUGCUCGUGCUGAGCUAUGCGUGGGACGGCAAUUCUUUCCCAGGGAACGAAUAUUGGUCGGGAAGUCUGAUGGAUUCUGGCGAUCCUGCGGCGGCGUGUAUGAGUACGAUUGGCGAGCUGCAUAACCCACUCGUCAAUCCGUACACCAAGAGGAUCGUUGUAGCGGGUUCGUAG